UUACCCAGACACGAGUACCUCAAACUUGUUAUACAACACAGAAGGCGAGAGUCUAUUCUUGCUGGUCUUACAUAACGCUGUGCUCUAGAUUCACGUGGCCGGUAGUAAAGUUCCUAAUUGUCUGGGAUGAUUCUACUUGUAUAGUUCUAGGUUUUAAAAAGGCCUGUUGGAUCUGGAACUUUAAGUAUUGUGGACCAUUGAGUUGAAUGAGCAGAUUGUAUAUUGUUUUCGUAUUAUUCGAUUCAAGGCCAACUCUUACCCAGUUGUAUAACGACAGCGCUACAUAAUGUCAUCGUUCACAAGAUACUCAAUGCCGGUUUCUGUCAUUCAUUGUGCUAAAAAGUCCCCUUCAAGUCCUAUGGAGCAAGUCUCAAGGAAUUCACAAUUCAUUUUUCCACCCGAGCAAAUCGAGGGAAACUUUCAAGACAGGUAUGAACACUGGUUUGAUUUCUCAAGGAUUCUUCUUCCGGCGACACAUUUCUGUUGUGAGCAAGACAGACAGCGUUCUACUUUGGAGGUCGGAGUUUGUCCCCCUCUUAUCCCAGCAGAUCAAAUGGUCCAGUCUCAACCGUGUUGGACAGAUUUYCCACGUAAACGUAAGAGAACGACCCGAGAAGAACCAGAGAACCAUGCAAACCAAGACGACAAACACCCAAGAGAAGAACAACUCAAACGCGAAGAAAGUGAAGAAGAAGAAUACAAAAGCCCCAAAAGAAAACUAAUUUUAAGACUGGUGCAAGAUAAGGAGAAAAUCGAGAAUAGAGAGUGGAAGUCCGCCAAAAUGGACAGCGAUAGCAAGGAAGUCACUUCGUCCGUCUGUGAAGAAAACAAGAUGGAUCAAUCCCAACCUACAGACAACAAACCGAGCAAGAUGAAACUCGAAGAAUACCUAGAGAAAAGAAGAAAAAACAACGCUUCAGCUAAGAAGUCAAGAGAAGCGAGGCGAAUGAGAGAAUUACAGACACAAAUUCACGCCGCUUAUCUAGAAGAUGAGAAUUCAAAGCUGAGAACAAUUGUUGGAGCUCUUCGAAAGGAAAAUACCCACCUUCGGGACUUACUCAUCGUUUGAACAUUAGACGCAGCCAAUCRUAAUGAGCCAACGCAUGCAUUUGUAGGUUGUAUCGAUGACUCAAUUCAAUCGUUUUCAGACUCUUUACGACCGAACAGCGGAAACGAAGGGUUUAAGAUAUACUAGUCGCAUAAUAAAGAAUGACGCAACAGGAAAAAUAAGAUUUUUGUAAAGAAAAACCAAAGAAA